UCCUACACAAUACUUCUAACUAAGCUAAGUAGGAAUUACAAGUAGAUCACUCUAACAAAAGUACAACACAACUAAGGAUAUAUAAUAGCACAGUGCUGGAAACUGGUCCUUCGUUCUGUUAUUCUUGGUUCUUGAAGCCUGGAAGUUACUUGCAAGAUGGCAACACACUUGUGAGGAAACUAACUCAAUUUUCAGAUGUGCAAAUUUGUGUUUUUCCUUUGCUUCAUAUUAAUAGUAUUCAAGUGAUGUCACUUGGAUGAUGCAAGCAAAUAUCCGGUACAAGGCAUUCCCCAUAAAGUGACUGCUGCACUGUUGCGUGUGUGCAGAGGAACAGUCGCUGCGACUUUACAGCUGUGGGGAGUUGACUGGUACAGUCAGCAAGGGAACUGAUGUCCAUAUAUUCCCUCUGUCGUUUCUUUGACUCUAGUUGUUGUAACUUGUGCCCUACUUGAGACUUGUUGUUCUUGAGCACUUUGAGGAUGUGUAACAGGUUCCCGAUCUGGUUGUUAUCAUAAAGUUUGUUAGAUCAUCAAAACAUAAAAAAGCACAUAACUUGUCAGAUUUCUUUUCUCUUUUUCACUAAAAUUUUCAUGUAGCAGAAAACUGGCUGAGCUAGGUCUUAAUAUUUUCUCUCAAAAUCUUAGCUUCUUGCUCUAUUCACAAAAGGUCUGGUUGCAAGUCAUAUAUUCUCCAUUUUGCCACGCAAGUGUAACUUAUCUAUAAAUACCAUGUCUAUAACAGUGAUCGUCAAAUGACAUCAUGGUUAUUUGCAUUUACUAUGGAUUAUUUGGUAAUUGAUCUGCACUCUGCUGAACGGCAAGAGACGAAGUUACUUGUAUGGUGUUCAAAUGUUCUCUUGGAAAGUCAACAAAUGUCCAUUCCUGUUCUCAUGGAGGGAUGGACGUGCUGACAUUUUUUAGUAAUACUUUAUCAAGUCAGUUGCCAGCUCAUAUCUGAAAUGGAAACGUGCAGUAUACAUAUACCCGGCUCUGAAGCUUGUGGUUUCUUUGGAAAGCAAUUAUUGGACUCAUCUCCUACUCAUCUUAUGUUUUUUUCCCCGCAUUCUAGUAUAUUAGGCAGCCUGUAUUUUGGGGGAUGAGUAUGUACUGUCAAUUACCACGACCUGUGUAAUCUUCAGAGGAUGGGUGUUAUAUUGCACACUGCAUGCAUCUUGUGAUGACUAAUGGGGUAUCUUAGGCAACUCAGACCAAUGUAGAUUAUCCCUUAACCCUUCCUAGUUUUCAGUCAGGGAAGUCUUGUCAUCAGACAUUUUAACUAUAUACUUAGUCAACAGAAGGACUUAGCAGGAGCACAAUUGGAUGUUUACGGUAAACUGACACCUACAAAUAGCCGAAGCACAGAGCCCAAAAUACCAAGUCAAAAGGACCGAAAAGCACUGAAAAAUGAGAGCAAGAACAUGUAUGAGAGGCUGCUUCGAACAAGUGAUGACUUUGUGUGGCCUAUUGAUUCUGCGUUACAAGGUCGAUUCAUCAUUGAUGUUGAGUUCCUUGACCUGAAGAUCUACUCACCAAAUGGUGGAGAAGGCAAAUCUAUAUGGCCCAAUGACAUUAUUUUGCAAGCUUUAGCUACCCAAAGUACUCUCCGGUGUCUCUCUCGUAUGCUUGACGAGUCCAUCCAUGCUGAUGUUACCAUAAAUACCGCUGAUGGAUCAGUGAAAGCUCACAGGGCGAUACUGUCUGCUAGUUCUCCUGUAUUCCACAGCAUGUUCCUCCACGAUCUCAGGGAGAAAGAGUCCUCUAUGAUCGACAUAGAGGACAUGUCAACAGAAUCAUGCACAGCCCUUCUCAGCUACCUGUAUGGGACCAUAAAACAAGAGGAUUUCUGGAAGCACCGGUUGGCACUGCUGGGUGCGGCAAACAAGUAUGACAUUGCAGAUUUGAAGAAUGCUUGCGAGGAAAGUCUCCUAGAAGACAUCAACUCGGGAAAUGUCCUCGAAAGAUUGCAAGAGGCUUGGCUUUACCAGCUAAAUAAAUUGAAGAAAGGUUGCUUAACGUAUUUGUUUGAUUUUGGCAAGAUUUAUGAUGUUAGGGAUGAAAUAAACAACUUCUUCAGACAAGCAGAUAGAGAUCUGAUGCUGGAGAUGUUUCAAGAAGUGCUCACAGUUUGGAAGCCCGCGUAACCUGAUAUGAGGUUUUUGUCCAUAUCUGUAUAUAAUAUAGAUAACUCUAGCUAUUACUAAGCUGUAGCUUUCUACGAAAGCCAUGUUGUGUCUUACACUAUUAUAAUCCGGUGUAAAUUUGUGGUACUAUUAAGUAUGCUAUCUGGUCAAAACGGAGAUGAUUAGUGUUCUGUGCUGGCAUCUAUUAUGGGGGUUUUUCUUGUGA